AUGGUCUAUCUGUUUUGUAGGUAUGACCUGGUUUCUAGGGAGUGGCUUCCACUAAACCAUUCUGUGAACAACGUGGUUGUUAGAUAUGGUCACUCUUUGGCGUUAUAUAAGGAUAAAAUCUAUAUGUAUGGAGGAAAAAUCGACUCAACAGGAAAUGUGACUAAUGAAUUGAGAGUAUUUCAUAUUCAUAAUGAAUCAUGGGUAUUGAUAACCCCUAAAGCAAAGGAGCAAUAUGCAGUGGUUGGACACUCAGCACACAUUGUUACACUGAAAACUGGCCGUGUGGUUAUGCUGGUUAUCUUUGGUCACUGCCCACUGUAUGGAUAUAUAAGCAUUGUGCAGGAAUAUGAUUUAGAUAAGAACACGUGGAGUAUAUUACACACUCAGGGUGCUCUUGUGCAAGGGGGCUAUGGCCACAGCAGCGUUUAUGAUCACAAGACCAAGGCCCUGUAUGUUCAUGGUGGCUACAAAGCCUUCAGUGCCAAUAAAUACCGGCUUGCAGAUGACCUCUACAGAUAUGAUGUGGAUGUCCAGAUGUGGACCAUUCUUAAGGACAGCCGAUUUUUCCGUUACUUGCAUACAGCUGUGAUAGUGAGUGGAACCAUGUUGGUGUUUGGAGGAAAUACACACAAUGACACGUCAAUGAGCCAUGGUGCUAAAUGCUUCUCUUCAGAUUUCAUGGCUUAUGACAUUGCUUGCGACCGAUGGUCAGUGCUUCCCAGACCUGAUCUUCACCAUGAUGUCAACAGAUUUGGUCAUUCCGCAGUCUUGCACAACAGCACCAUGUAUGUGUUUGGUGGUUUCAACAGUCUCCUCCUCAGUGACGUCUUAGUGUUUACCUCGGAGCAGUGUGAGGCGCACCUGAGUGAAGCCGCUUGUGUGGCAGCAGGACCUGGUAUCCGGUGUCUGUGGGACUCGGGGUCAUCGCAGUGCACCUCCUGGGAGCUGACAACUGAAGAACAAGCAGAACAGUUAAAAUCGGAAUGCUUUUCCAGAAGAACCCUUGAUCAUGACAGAUGUGACCAGCACACAGAUUGUUACAGCUGCACAGCCAAUACCAACGACUGCCACUGGUGCAAUGAUCACUGUGUCCCUAUGAACCACAGCUGCACAGAGGGCCAGAUCUCCAUUUCCAAGUAUGAUAAUUGCCCCAAGGAUAACCCCAUGUAUUACUGCAAUAAGAAAACCAGCUGUAGGAGCUGUGCCCUGGACCAGAACUGCCAGUGGGAGCCCCGGAAUCAGGAGUGCAUUGCCUUGCCUGAAAAUAUCUGUGGCAUUGGCUGGCAUUUGGUUGGAAACUCGUGUUUAAAAAUUACUACUGCUAAGGAGAAUUAUGACAAUGCCAAAUUGUCCUGUAGAAACCACAAUGCUUUUUUGGCUUCUCUCACAACUCAGAAGAAGGUGGAAUUUGUCCUCAAGCAGCUGCGAGUAAUGCAGUCAACACAGAGCAUGUCCAAGCUCACCUUAACUCCAUGGGUUGGUCUUCGGAAGAUCAAUGUGUCUUACUGGUGCUGGGAAGAUAUGUCUCCAUUUACAAAUAGUUUACUGCAAUGGAUGCCAUCUGAGCCCAGUGAUGCAGGCUUCUGUGGAAUCUUGUCAGAGCCCAGUACUCGGGGAUUGAAGGCUGCAACCUGCAUCAACCCACUCAAUGGCAGUGUUUGUGAAAGGCCUGCAAACCACAGUGCCAAGCAGUGUCGGACACCAUGUGCCCUGCGGACAGCGUGUGGUGAGUGCACCAGCAGCAGCUCUGAGUGUAUGUGGUGCAGCAACAUGAAGCAGUGUGUUGACUCCAAUGCCUAUGUGGCUUCCUUCCCUUUCGGCCAAUGUAUGGAGUGGUAUACAAUGAGCAGCUGCCCGCCUGAAAAUUGUUCAGGCUACUGUACCUGCAGCCAUUGCUUGGAGCAGCCAGGCUGUGGCUGGUGUACUGAUCCUAGCAAUACUGGGAAAGGGAAAUGCAUCGAGGGUAGCUAUAAAGGACCAGUGAAGAUGCCUUCACAGGCCUCUACAGGAAAUGCAUAUCCACAGCCCCUUCUGAAUGCCAGCAUGUGUCUAGAGGACAGCAGAUACAACUGGUCUUUCAUUCACUGUCCAGCUUGUCAGUGCAAUGGACACAGCAAAUGCAUCAACCAGAGUAUCUGUGAAAAGUGUGAGAACCUGACCACAGGCAAGCACUGUGAGACCUGUAUAUCUGGCUUCUAUGGUGAUCCGACUAAUGGAGGCAAAUGUCAGCCAUGCAAAUGCAACGGGCAUGCCUCACUGUGUAAUACCAACACUGGGAAGUGCUUCUGCACCACCAAGGGUGUCAAGGGGGAUGAGUGCCAGCUAUGUGAGGUGGAAAAUCGGUAUCAGGGAAACCCUCUCAAAGGAACAUGUUAUUAUACUCUUCUCAUUGACUAUCAGUUCACUUUUAGCCUGUCACAGGAAGAUGACCGCUAUUACACAGCCAUCAAUUUUGUGGCUACUCCUGAUGAACAAAACAGGGAUUUGGACAUGUUCAUCAAUGCCUCCAAAAACUUCAACCUCAAUAUCACGUGGGCUGCCAGCUUCUCAGCUGGAACCCAGGCUGGAGAAGAGAUGCCUGUUGUUUCAAAAACCAACAUCAAGGAAUACAAAGAUAGCUUCUCUAAUGAGAAAUUUGAUUUUCGCAACCAUCCAAACAUUACGUUCUUUGUUUAUGUCAGUAAUUUCACCUGGCCCAUCAAAAUUCAGAUUGCCUUCUCCCAGCACAGCAAUUUUAUGGACCUGGUACAGUUCUUCGUGACUUUCUUCAGUUGUUUCCUCUCUUUGCUCUUGGUGGCUGCUGUGGUUUGGAAGAUCAAGCAAAGUUGUUGGGCAUCCAGACGUAGAGAGCAACUUCUUCGGGAAAUGCAACAGAUGGCCAGCCGUCCCUUUGCCUCCGUAAAUGUUGCCCUGGAAACAGAUGAAGAGCCGCCUGAUCUUAUUGGGGGAAGUAUAAAGACUGUUCCCAAGCCCAUUGCCCUGGAGCCCUGCUUUGGUAACAAAGCUGCUGUCCUGUCUGUAUUUGUGAGGCUCCCUCGAGGACUGGGUGGAAUCCCUCCUCCUGGGCAGUCAG